ACGUUGCUCUGGUUUCCUCAAGAGGCAGCGUGUCAAGACACUUAAUCCACAUAAAGACUGGCGUUGCUCUUUAAAUCCAACCAAUCUGUUGAGUGUCUUAUGCAGUGCUUAACUAGUAAAAUCUAGGUCAGUAGACAACAGUGGAUUUUCACUGAUGCUGUGAACAUUACAAGAGUAACGUAUGACAAGGAUUUAACUUUUGAUUUUAUUUUAAGAGGUGUCAUGGUGGUGCCCAGGUAGCUGUUCUGCCAUGGAGUCAGUGAAGAAGGAGGGUCUCUGGAAUCAAGCAGAGGGUUCAAGCUCAAGGUUGGAAAAAGACACAGCUGCUAUGGAGCUGGAAGUGUGCAAGUUACAGGAAUUAGUUCGGAAACUAGAAAUUCAAAACGAAGCACUUAAUGAGAGGAAAAAUAACUCUUCUGACAGACAACAGUUUUUUUAUGACAAAAGUCUCAACUGCUCAUGCAUGCUCAAAAUCUGUCCCACAAGACCGGAGCAAAAUCGUACUCUCAGUGUCUGGGGGGACUCUGAGCAUGUACAAUUGGACAGUAAGGAUGACCAGUCUCCUCCUGAUACUAGUUCCAUGAGCAGACUGGGGAAGGAGAAAGGACUUUUUUCGCAUGGUAACUCCUGCAAAGAUGCAUUUGAGGGGACCCUGGGACAGGAAGGCCAAGAGAAGAGCUGGGAGCCGGAGACAGAAGAAGCACAAUCUGCUCUGGAUCUGGUGGAAGUCCUGGAUGUGGAGACAUGCUCAGUGAUAAAGGAUGAAGAGCGCUGGUUAUAUGAAUCUCAGAAGAAACAUGCAUUUGUGGAAGGAAAUGUGGAGUCUCCUGUGAAGUGGUGCAGAAAAGUCCUGGACAACCACAGCCCAGAAACAGAGGUGGCUUGUCGCACACUUAUUAACAUGUUGGACCAAAACACAAGGCUGAGAAGGUUCUUUAACACCAGUCCCUAUAGACAUCCCGUAACCUUCCCUGUAACACACUGUAAGAGAUCAUCUUACGUUGGAUGCAACAAAUCAGAGGAUAAUAUGGAUCAAGCCUUUGACGGGUCAGAUCACAGCAAGGCCUGCCUAGCUUUGUAUUCACCGCCAAGCAAAGAUUCGAGUGAACUGCAUUCCUCAGAGGACUCCAUUACCAUGGACUACAGACUGGAAGACCUCACUGAUGUCCAGAUCAUGGCUCGAAUGCAGGAGGAGAGUUUACGUCAGGACUGCGCCUCCGUUGCUGCCCCCCCUCGAUGCUCACCUGUGAGCCAGUUCACCGGGUCGACUGUGCAGAUGGGUCACCGUAACAGAUCUGCCACACAGCUGCCAAAGUAUACCCACCAGGUGGCUCAGUCUAAGCUUCUUAAGCUUGCACAGAGCAGAGCGGCUCUGAGAAACAGCAUGCCAAACCUGGACUCGGCUCCUCGUACCAGCCUACGCUCACUCCAGGCUGUCCGAAAGAGUAGGUGUAUGGAGGACAACAGUCAGCAUCCUUCAGACCACACCACCCUGACCUACCCUGUCAGACCUCAUUCAGGUGCCAUGCCUGGAAAUACUGGCCGGUCUGUGUCAGACUCUUUCAACACCACGGUUUACAGUGUUCCAGUGGCUGGAGCCAGGAACUCCCUGAGAGAGUCGUUUCAGGCAGCAUCCAUUAGGGGGCUGCAAAGAGCCCAGUCUCUCAGCCCCUCAAACAUUAGGAUUCAGUGUCCUGGCAAGGAGCUCUCGGUAAAAGGGUACCUGUCAAUUCAUAGUCGUGUUUAUGCCUCCCCUGAGAGAUCCACUACCCUAGCAUGGGGCAGAAUUGGGCAGCCUGCCCGGAGGUGAAACAUAUCAACAUAAACAACUAGGCACAUGCUUUAAAAGUGGUGUAGUCAGAAUAAACAAUUAAAAAUUGAGCUUAGACUUUUUGUACCCAUUUUUGAAUUUACAGCAAUAUGUUCACUUUAUAAUAAAAACAUGUUUAUAGGGAGGAAUACCUGUGUA